GCCAGCAGCAGCAAGGCCAAGCCCAAGAAGAGGAAGCCCAAGGCAUCUGCCAAAGGGGCUCCCAAGCCCAAGGCGGCUGCCAAAGACGCAACGGAGGUGAAGAAGAAGAAGGUUCUCAAGGAGAUCGCAAACGCUAGCGCAGAAGCGGGCCAGUGGGAGAACAAGCUCAAAGAGAGCAAUGUGCCCAACCCUGAGGGGCAGAGCUUGACGUCCUGCCUCUUGGGGGACAUUACGGUCACGCUUGAUCGCAUGAAAGCGAUGCGGGAUGAGCUGGAGAAGCUUCAGGGGGAGAAGGCGGAGGCCAUGCUGCUCAGUGUCUCCGAGCUCCUCGAGACAUACAAGGCCGCCGUGAAGGCUUGCAAGAAGCACAUU